AUGCCCAUGUUUUCAGUGAACGUAGCUUCGAGAGGCAGGACCACUCAGUCAUCGACGUUCAACAGUUCCACAGCUGCCAAGAAGGCCAUCGAUGGGAACCUAAGCGGUGUGCUCGUGGAGGGCUCGUGCGCGCACACAGAGGCUGAGACCAACCCCUGGUGGAGGAUCGACCUGCUGGACACAUACAGAGUCACCUCCGUGAAGAUCACCAACAGGGAGGACUGCUGUGCAGAGAGAAUCAAUGGAGCAGAGAUCCGCAUCGGCAACUCACUGGAAAACCAUGGCAACACUAACCCAAGGUGCACAGUGAUCUCCUCCAUACCAGCAGGAGGAGCCAGCACCUUCCAGUGCAGUGGGAUGGAGGGUCGCUAUGUGAACAUCUUCAGCAGGGGCUACAGGCAGCACCUGACGCUGUGUGAGGUGGAGGUCAACGCUGCACCUGUACCUGUUCCUGUGGGUAGGGAAUCAGAGUUGCCAGAUAUUACUGAAAAAAAGCAUUUAAUCUUAAAAAUGUCAAAUAUGACCUCUUCAUUUAAAAAUGUGGCUUUGAAUAAACAGGCCACGCAGUCUUCGCAGUACAACUACUUGGGCAGUCCCAACAACGCUGUGGAUGGAAGGCGCAAUGGCCGGUACAGCGAGAGGUCCUGCAGUCGCACCAAAACUCAGAUCAACCCCUGGUGGAGGGUGGAUCUGCUGAGGCCUCACAGCGUCACAAUGGUGACCAUCACCAACCGUGAGGACAACGACCCCGAGAUGAUUGAUGGGGCAGAGAUCCGAAUUGGAAAUUCCCUGGAAAACAAUGGGAACAACAAUCCACUAUGUGUUGUCAUUUCCUCCUUCCCUGCGUGGGAAUCUAAGACGUUCUACUGCGGGGGCCAGCUGGGUCGCUUCGUUAACAUCAUUCUGCCAGGCUGUGACAAACACCUGGCACUGUGUGAGGUGGAGGUCAACGCAUCCCCUGAUCAAGGGGAGGAAAUUGAGGAUGAACAAUCAGAACCUGCACAAGGACGACGAAACACUAAUUGCCCUAACACUAAAACUGUGCUUGAGAAUGCGGCCACUGGAGGGAUCGCCACCCAGUCGUCUCAGCUGGACGUGCUCGGGGGUGCCAAUAACGCCAUCGACAGGAACAGGAGUUCCACCUACUCGGACGGCUCCUGCAGUCAAACCAAAGCCGAGAUUGACCCCUGGUGGCGGGUCGACCUGGGACAGGUCCACAGUGUCAUCUUUGUGACCGUCACCAACCGUGGGGACUGCUGUUCUGACAGGAUCAGUGGAGCAGAGAUCCGCGUUGGCAACUACCUAGACAACGAGGGCAACAACAACCCACUGUGUGCAGUGAUUCCUUACAUCCCAGCUGGCCAGAUUAGGACCUUUGAGUGUGGUGAGAUGGAAGGACGGUAUGUCAACAUACUGCUCCCUGGCCGAGAGAAAUACCUGACUCUCUGUGAAGUGGAGGUGCAUGCCAGCACCUUUCAACCAGGCCUACCUUCAUCAGCGCCUCCCUCUGCUGUACCUAACAAGGCGGCCCCCAACCCUUACCUGACCUGGCUGUGGGGCCCAUGGCAAAAACUGCGCCAACCUGUGGCUCGGAGUGAUAACGUUGCAGUGAAGGGGAGAGCCACUCAGUCCUCUCAGUUCAGUCGCCUGACCCAUGCUGAGAAUGCCAUCGACGGGAGGCUGGACGCAGAGUACCUCUCUGGCUCGUGUGCCCACACACGACUCCAGUCUGACCCCUGGUGGCGGGUGGAUCUCCUGGCGGUGCACAGGGUGGACUCCCUGACCAUCACCAACAGAGAGGACUGCUGUGAGUGGAGACUGGACGGGGCCGAGAUCCUCGUUGGGAAUUCACUGGACAACAAUGGGAACAGCAACCCAGUGUGUGCUGUUGUUUCGUCCAUCCCUGCUGGAGAGUCCAUAACCUUCCAGUGCCAAGGCAUGGAGGGAAGAUAUGUCAACAUCAUCCGACCGGGAUGCUUCAAGUUCCUCAGUCUCUGUGAGGUGGAGGUCCACGCCAGGCCUGUGUCUGGAGUAUCUACACUGAAUACUGUACAGGAUUAUGAAGACAAGCCCUUAGAAACACAAUGCCCUGAUGUCCAAGUACCUGAGAACAUUGCCUCCCAGGGAAAUGCUACCCAGUCCUCUCAAUAUGACCACCUUGGAAAUGCCAACAAUGCCAUAGACAGAAAGCGAAACCCACUGUACCACACUGGCUCCUGCUCUCACACCAAGCGGGAGGCGAACCCCUGGUGGCGGGUCGACCUGAUGAGGAGCCACAGAGUGACCUCCGUGUCCGUCACCAACAGAGGGGACUGCUGUGCGGAGAGGAUCAACGGAGCCGAGAUUCGCAUCGGGAACUCCCUGGAAAACAACGGCAACAACAACCCUCUGUGCGGUGUUAUAUCAGACAUGAGAGAGGGAGACUCCAUGACCUUUCAGUGCCGUGGAAUGGAGGGUCGUUAUGUCAGCGUCUUUCUUCCUGGAAGAAGAAGAUACCUAACUCUAUGCGAAGUAGAGGUCAACAGUACCAGAGAGAGCGCUCCCCAUUAAAGAUAUUGUGGAACAGUGGAGU